AUGCCGUGGGAUACUGAUCAAAGUCGGCUCGAUUGGUGGUAUUUGAGAUAUCCUAAUAACGCAGAGGGGCGUAUGGUUGAUGCACUUCAUCAUCUUGCUGUGCAGGUAACACAUCUUUUUGGGAAGAGGGGCGUUGCGGCGAGAAUCAUUAAUAGAAAGACGCGUGAGUAUGUUGUGCAGUGGAAGUGGGAGGAUCUGCAGGGAAAGGUUCUGGAACUCAACGAGAAUGUGGUUGAUGUUGAUCGCAAGGAGUUUCAUGAUGGUGAGUGUCAUUAUGGAAAGUGUGGGGUGGAUUGCCCGGGGAAGCAUGGGGAUAA